CACGACCUUAGAAAUUUCGGGCUGCUAAUCUCGCAUCAGACUGUGUAAGGAAUCGCCGAAGAGAAAAGCAGUAUGGUUGUUAUUUCUUCUGGCGCAGCCGGCGCCCACAAAGUUCUUCUCAUCUCAGGAAAGCAGACUACAACGCCGUCACAGCAGGGCGGCUUUACCCGUUCUGUAUCCUUGAUGUUACCGGCCACUCCUCAGGCGGCCUCGGAUUCAGACACCAAUGGAUCCGGGCAGCCGGUGCGCAAGCGGCAGCGUCUUACACACCUGAGCCCCGAAGAAAAGGCAUUGCGGAGGAAACUGAAAAACAGGGUAGCAGCACAGACUGCAAGAGAUCGAAAGAAAGCAAAAAUGGGUGAAUUGGAACAGCAAGUGAUAGAGCUGGAAAUGGAGAACCAGAAACUUCAAAUCGAAAACCGGCUGCUACGAGAAAAAACGCAUGGUCUCUUGACAGAGAAUGAGGAAUUGAGACAAAGGCUGGGGUUGGACACAUUGGAAGUUGAAGAGAAAAAGGUGGAGCAGUGCCAUGGAGAAGUGAUCAGUCUGAUGACCGGGUCUUCUGAGUCCGCAGCACUCAGACUAUGUGUGCCUCUGCAGGGUGCAGGCCCAGACGUCUUCAAAACUGAGCAGUUCCACAUGGAUACUGACAGCUCUUGCUCUUCAGACUCUGAGUCUGAUCUCCUAUUUGGUAUUCUGGACAUCCUUGACCCAACAAUAUUACUCAAGGAUGCAUCUCCUGACAUUCUUGAGGUCACAGAACCUCAAGCUGGAGAAACAGAUCCCAUACCUACCCCCACCUCUGCGUCUCUGGGGUCCACACCAGUUAAGCUGGAAGCCUCUAAUGAACUGAUCCAUUUUGACCACAUAUACACCAAGCCCCUGGCCGAAGAUGCAUCUUUGAAACUGGGUCAGGAAUCUGCCAAAGUAAUGAAGCCUGAAGAAGCAACCUUUGCUGUUAUGGACACUGAGGAGGAGGAUAAGGAGGAGAAGAGUCUGUCUGUCUGUGUGAAGGAUGAACCUUUGGAUGAGGAGGAAGUCCAAACUCUAAGAGUAGAUGAUUUCUUGACUUUGGCAACACAGGUGUCAUGCAAUGCUGCAGAGUCUUAUUUUAGUUUUUUAAUGGAUUCUGCCAGUGACUCUGGAAUUGAGAGAUCCCCUUCACCCUUCAGUGAUACUUCUCCUUCCUUGUGUUCAGACCACUCUUGGGAUGAUUCAUUUGCCAAUGAACUUUUUCCCCAGUUAAUCAGUGUUUAGGCCUAUUUAGAGAAAAGUAUUAUAUGCAAUAUGUAAAUGUCAGUCUGAAAAGGGAGUGGUGCCCCUACCUAAUGGCUUUAAUUCCUUAAAUACCCACUGAAUGUUACCAUCUUGUGCUAUAAAGGGUUAUAGGGUAGCAGAUGUAUUUUUCUAAUAUCCUGUCAGAAAAAGCUAUUUAUUAAUUUUUAGUGUAACUGUUCAAUGUUCGUUUGUCUGUUUAUGCAAGUGUUUUUUCCCCCCAUGUAAAUAGUGUCAUGCAUAAUGACCAUCUUCAAAGGUUGCUUUCUUCGUGUAAUUUUUGUUACUUUGAGCAAUUAAAAACGUGCAAUUACCGCUGUC